UUAUAUAUAUACAACACAACAAUUAAGAGAGAAGACUUGAUUUUAAUUACGAGAGACAAGAUGACAAUAAUUGCACACUUCAUUGUUGCCUUUCUGGCUUUGGCAUCAUCUUUUGCCUCUGCCUAUGAUCCCAGCCCUCUCCAAGACUUUUGUGUGGCAGUUAAUGAUACCAAAUCUGCUGUUUUUGUAAAUGGAAAAUUUUGCAAAGAUCCUAUGCUUGUGGUAGCUGAAGAUUUCUUUAAACACGUUGAUGCUGGAAACACUACGAAUAAACUUGGUUCAAAAGUUACUCCAGUUAGCGUUAAUGAAUUAUUCGGACUCAACACACUAGGCAUAUCCUUAGCUCGUAUAGACUUUGCACCCAGAGGAUUAAACCCUCCUCACAUUCACCCGAGAGGCACAGAGAUUGUUAUUGUCAUUGAAGGCACUCUUCAUGUUGGAUUUGUCACCUCUAACCAAAACAAUGGACAGAACCGUCUUUUCACCAAAGUGCUAAACAAGGGUGACGUGUUUGUGUUUCCAAUCGGGCUUCCUCACUUCCAAUUGAAUGUUGGUUAUGGCAAUGCUGUUGCUAUUGCUGCUCUAAGCAGUCAAAAUGCAGGAGUUAUCACUAUCGCCAAUGCUGUUUUUGGAUCUACUCCUCCAAUAUCUGAGGAAGUUUUAGCCAAAGCCUUUCAAAUAGACAAAAAUACAAUCGAUUAUCUUCAAAAGCAAUUCUGGUAUGACAAUAACUAGUUGGGAGAAAGAAGAUGCAGAUCUUCAGUUUAUACCAUGAUUAUUAAUUUAUUACUUGCACCUCAUGCAAUUAUUCAUCCAUUCUAAUAAAUAAAAAGCAUGAAGGUUAAUUUAUAUGUACCACGUUAUUUGGUUUGAUAUAAU